GAGCGCCUGCUUGAACAGAGACACGGGCGGACUGUCGAUUCUUUUCGGUCUUCUCUCAGAUUAACCACCGCGUCCCGCCCUUCCAAUUUGACAUCUCCAGCUGGAGAUAUCGAUAGAAAUAGCACCGAUAGCGACGUUUUUAAGAGCCCCGGGCUGGUCCCGACGGAUCUUACGCCAAAAUGGACGUCUUGGCACAGCUGGAAGCUCGAUCCGACAUUUCUGAUGCCUUGAAUGGCUCCGCAGGAAAGGGUCAGGGUUCGCAAGGCAUUUCCUUGAACUCUUUCUUGGCCUCGGUCGCUGUUUCCGCGAUUGUUUUUGGCGCCGAGUUUCUCGUGUUCGUGCUGCUGAAGAACAAGCUCGUUAGAAUAUACUCACCUCGUACAUACCUGGUGCCGGAGCGCGAACGAACAAAAGCCCCUCAUUCAGGAAUUCUCGGAUUGGGAUGGAUCCUUCCUAUUUUUACAACCUCAAGCUCUGAAUUCAUCCAGAAAUGCGGCUUGGACGCAUAUUUCUUCCUUCGUUACCUACGGACUCUCCUGAAAAUAUUCAUUCCGCUAGCGAUUGUCAUUUUGCCGAUCUUACUUCCUCUAAAUCACAUAUCUGGACGGGGCUCUCAUUUUGGAACCGGGGACAACUCAGGUCAGAACAAUGUGACAGGACUUGAUACGCUCUCCUGGAGCAAUAUAAGCCCCAAUCACACGAGACGAUACUGGGCACACUUAGUCUUGGCAAUACUUGUGGUCGUCUACGUGUGCUUUGUCUUCUACGACGAGCUCCGCCGGUACAUCCGCUUGCGUCAAGCAUAUUUGACUUCGCCUCAGCAUCGGUUGCGUGCAUCAGCCACUACUGUGCUAGUAUCUGCCAUCCCCAAAAAGUGGUGUUCAGUUGAAGCACUCGACGGUCUGUACGAUGUGUUUCCGGGCGGCAUUCGAAAUAUCUGGAUCAAUCGCAACUUUGAUGAACUCCUGGAAAAGGUCCAGCUUCGCAACAAGCUGGCUCAAGCGCUUGAGGCGGCUGAGACUGAUUUGAUCAAAAAGGCGAAGAAGGCGCAGUUGAAGCAACUCGAAAAGGACGCGAAAAAGGCGAAUAAAGACUUGUCCAAACAGGAGAGGGCGCGACGCAAGCAAGCCCGCCAGGAAGCUCAAGAGAAUGCUGCAGCGCUGGCGAUGAUGGACGGAGCUGGUAUGAGUUCGGGAAACCCUCACCAGGUCCGACACACUCUGCAAGAAGCGCUCAAUGAUGCCUCCGGAGCAAACUCGCGUUCAUCCUCGCGCUCAUCUUCGCCCACAAAAGGGCAGCGUCGCCAUGGCAUUCCAGUCCCAGUUGUCGGGCAAGGGCUCGAUAUGAUGAGUCAUGGCUUUGAACAUUUUGGGCACUCACUAGCUGGAGGCUUUAAGAGAUUCGGGAAAGAUGUCGACGGUCGGUUGACGAACAGUAACGGCUUUGUGUACGAUGAUGACCCUCGAUAUGGACUUCCCGCUGUCCACAGGGCCGCCACAGCCCCGGUUGACGGCAUGGAUGAGGGAAGGAGGGACAUGGCCGUAGAGCGCACCGAAUCUCUUGACACAACCGCGAGACCAAGCACGUCGACCCUGCAAGGGCAUGUCGAUACGACAGAUACUGCUCAUACUGCAGAGGAGGCUCGGCAUCAGUCUGAUGCGUCUGACAAGCCUGAAAGGCCUCGUUCCAUUGAUGAGCGAGACUACGCGCAGCAAGAAACCCACUCGAGCGUCCGCAAUGCAGAGAGGACGCCAGAUCCAGAAAAGGGCUCCGAGGGCUCCUCAGGACCCCCGAAAUCGAGCUGGCUCUGGUGGUGGAGGGGCAAGUCCAAGACUUCAGACGUACCGAGUCCGCAGCCUAAGGGGCGUGAGGACGAUGAAUACCCCUUGACAACCCUUUCUCCUACUGCUCCCUCCACCGCCACCCAGGCUACUGUGCACGGGGAGGAACACGGGCCUGACGCGGAGAGAGAAAAAAUUAGAGAGAAGAGUUCGAAAAAUCCGUUUAAAAAACAUGCCAAGGAAGGUGAUCGUCGGGAAGACGAGGAAUAUCCUGCAGCUUACAACGAAGAUUUUGACAAUGACGAGUACGGGGAGCCUCUCUGGCGCAAGUAUGUCAAAGAGAGUGAUCGAGACACGAUGCGGUUGCCAAUUUUUGGUUGGGGCUGGAUGCCUGCCCUUCCUUUGAUUGGCAAAAAGGUCGACACAAUUUAUCAUUGCCGCAAAGAACUUGCAAGGCUAAAUCUCGAGAUUGAACGCGACCAGCAAGAGCCUGAAAAGUUCCCUCUUAUGAAUUCUGCCUUCGUCCAAUUCAAUCAUCAGGUGGCUGCACACAUGGCUUGUCAGGCUGUCAGUCACCAUGUGCCCAAGCAAAUGGCUCCUCGACUGGUAGAGAUCUCGCCAGAUGAUGUGCUGUGGGAGAACAUGUCCGUUAAGUGGUGGGAGCGCUACCUUCGUACUGCGGCCGUCAUGGCCCUGGUCGUGUUUCUGAUUAUUGGAUGGGCGUUCCCAGUCACUUUUACUGGUCUGUUGUCAAACAUUAGCUACCUCACCACCACGUUCCCCUGGCUUGGCUGGAUCCGCAAGCUGCCAAAGUGGGUUCUCUCCCUCGUGCAGGGUGUUCUACCGCAGGCUCUGCUUGCGGCCCUCUUGGCACUUCUCCCCAUUACACUUCGCUUUCUCGCAAGGCAGCAGGGUGUGCACACGGGCAUGGCCAUUGAAUUGUCAGUCCAAAACUAUUACUUUGCGUUCCUCUUUGUACAAGUCUUUCUGGUUGUCUCUAUUUCCUCGGGAAUUACCACGAUCAUCAAGCAAUUGUCCGACAAUCUCGGCUCGGCGCCCCAAUUACUCGCUGCGAAUUUACCCAAGGCGAGCAACUACUUUUUCUCUUACAUGCUACUGCAAGCUUUCUCUGUGAGUGCAGGAGCUCUUGUCCAGAUUGGGGGGUUGGUCAGCUGGUUUAUUCUUGCGCCGCUGUUGGACAAUACUGCUAGACAGAAGUGGGCCCGGCAAACGAACUUGCCGCAGAUGAUGUGGGGGACAUUUUUCCCAGUCUACACUACACUCGCUGCCAUUGGCCUGAUUUACUCUGUGAUCUCACCCCUCAUUCUCCUUUUCGACAUUAUCACAUUUAGCUUAUUCUGGGUCGUUUAUCGAUACAAUACGCUUUAUGUGACCAAGUUCCGUUUCGAUACUGGCGGUCUGCUCUACCCAAGAGCUAUCAAUCAGCUUUUCACCGGUCUCUAUAUCAUGGAGCUCUGUUUAGUCGGGUUAUUCUUCCUCGUUCGCGAUGAGCACGAUCGUGCGUCAUGCAAAUCCCAGGCAAUCGUCAUGAUUGUUGUCGGCAUCCUAACCGUAGCAUUCCAAUUUCUUUUAAAUGAAGCCUUUGGACCUCUCUUCAGAUACUUGCCAAUCACUUUGGAAGAUGACGCUGUCAGGCGCGAUGAAGAGUUUGCAAGAGCUCAGUCGAAACGCUUUGGACUGGUGGAUGAUGAGGAGCCUGGCGAGACUUUGGAAGACACGCUGAAACGCAACGAGCGAGACUCUCGAGAAGAGCAAGAAGAGGAUUUUGAGAAGCCCCGAGUUGACGGGGCCGAAGAGGAGCAAGCAAGCGGCAAGCCCGAUCGGCGCCAUCGCAGAAUCGCAUCCCAAGCAUCCAAAAAGCUCGGCAAAAUGCUCCCGGACAAGUCAUGGGCCGACCGGUCUCGAAACCGGCGGGCAUCGUACAUGGUCAAUCCCAAGGACCCCAAAGCCGCCAAAUCCACUGCGCAUGACCACGUCAAGAAAAGCGCCACAGACAUUGAAGCACAGCGCAUCAACCCGAUUGCCGAAGCGCUCUUUUCAGGAAUCAAUGACGAAAUCGAAGAUCUCACCCCUGACGAGCGCGACAAGUUGGUGCAACGCGCCUUCCAGCACGAGGCACUCCGCGCGAAACGGCCCGUGAUCUGGAUCCCCCGAGACGAUCUCGGCGUCAGUGAUGAUGAGAUUUAUCGCACCCAGAAUUUCAGCAAGCACAUUUGGAUCAGCAACGAAUAUACCGGUCUAGAUCGCAAAGGCAGAGUCGUCUACCGCCGCAGUCCACCAGACUUUUCCGAAGUCGAUCUCAUUGAGCUAUGAGUUUAUUUGCCCUUUGUUCUUCCCUUCUUUUCUCUUGCUGUAUUCCCCCGCCCUGGUUUCGUUUCCGUUUUCCCGCUGCAUCAGUCUGAGCGUGAUAAACCCCCAAGUUUGGAUAUUUUUGUCAGUGGCAUUUCUCAGGCGUAGGAGGUCUGCCUUGUGCUCUUUUCUUUUCUUUUCAAUUAAACUUAGUGCAUUCCGCCUUUUUUUAACGCAACACAAUCUUAUGUUUUUAAUGAGGAGCAACGAGGAGACAAAUGACGCAUUAGACUCCCAUGUGUUUAUGUCCUGGCAUGUUCUUUCUCCCUCCCCCUUUUUUUCUUUUUUUUUCUUUUUGCAUAGCAUAGCGGAGCAUAGCAGAGCAUAGCAAAGCAGCAAAGCAUCGCAUUGC